AUGGGGGAAGCGGGCGAGCAGGGGGCGGACUCGCCCGAACGGGCACAAGGCGAUGGCGACGGUGCGGCCGGCAGCGGCGACCAGCACCGCGGCACGGCGGCCGGAGGCGAGCGCCGGAAGGGGGGAAGAGGCAUCGCGGGGAGAGGGACGGGGGCCGAGGCGAGCGCCGAGUGGGGAGGGAGCCGCGACCGCACGACAGCAGGGCCGCGCGGCCGUGGGCGCGUGUGGAGGCGCGCCGGGCAAGGCGAGGUUGCGAUGAGCGCAGUCAGCGCUCGUACGAGGCGGUGGUCCGAGGCGUGCGCCGGCGCGGUGAGCACGUUCGGUGCCCGGUCGGCGAGUGUGCACGACGACGGAGGGGAAGAGGAGGGAAGGCGGAGGCCGAUGGCCUCACCGGCGUUGCAGGGGCACAAGGCGGCGAGGCUUGGUGAGGCGAGUCGGGGAGGAAGACGAGGAAGGCGGCGACGAGGUGGAGGCGGUCCAGCGAGAGGUCCUCCGGCGGCGGAGUCGUUCCGGGCGACGAGGGCGGAGUCGGGGAUGGGCGGCUGCGUCGGGAUCGGGCGCGACCCCGAUCUAGAUCGGGACGAGGGGAAGAGAGACGUGGGGGGGAGGAGUGUGGGGGUAAUGGGUGCGGGGGUUAGGGUUCGGUGGUGA